GACGUCACUCUAACCCCACCUAUUUUCAGCUCCAUCCCGUUUGGUUCUACAUCACAAAUGAGCGUGCACACAGACACAAAUUGAGCAGUCAGGGGUGACUAAAGCUGUGCUAUCUCUUAAAAAGCUGAGACCAGUGGCAGACUUUAACAUUCCAUGUUUACUUUUUUACAGAACAUUUGAUGUUUAAAUGUUUACCCGAUGGAAGUAUUUCUUUUUUGCUUGUUUUUUUAUAUAGACCUUUUUUCCAGACAUUAGAGAAUUUCGAGAUCUUAUGUGGGUCUAAAUGCCUAACUCCAAAGCAGUAUUGUUAGUUAGUAAAGCAGUUUGGUUUGAUGUGUAACUCAAUAUCCCUAUGUGAUUGCAACUUUGUAAUCUCUAGAGAAAAAUCCUAAAUAAAUUGCAUAACUAAUGGGGAUUAGAAAGUUCAGAAAAAAAAUCUGUUUUUACCAAAUGUUUGCAUUUUUCCAAAAAAUCCUAUAAUUUGGUACAAGAGCUUUAGGCAGUGCCAGAGAUCCAGUUUUCCUAUCAUCUUUUAUUUAUCACAUACUCUGCUUUGCGCUGAAAAAGGGGCCGUCUGAGUCAUUUUGUUAGUGUCUAUUAUCUCCCAAAGUGCCAAUGUUUUGCCCCAUUUGAGGUUUAUGAAAGAGUUCCCUUCUUAAGGCUUUAAGUCUAGCCACAGGCUGAAAGAAGUUGUCAUGCUAUAGCGUGGCUUCUAUUGUGUUCUCAAGAAGCCCAAGGAGCUCCACGGGUAUUGUUUUCUUUACAGGGGAGUUGGGUUACCUUGACAACCACAUGAUGCCUUCUCAUAGGCCCUCUGUUAGAGAAAAGGCAGGACCAGAAUAGGAGGGAAGAAGACAGAAAGAACAUAAAAAAAAGCUUUAAAAAGAGAAGGCAAGAUAGAGUUUAUCUCUUUUUUUUCCUGCAUUUGUGUGUUUUCCAAACAGGUCUGAUGGUUGCAAGUGGGUUGGGACUAAAACCCAUACAGUGAUAUCUGGAGAGGUGUCCGUUGGGUACCAUGCGUGUUGCAUUGCGUCCUCGCAGUGGUUGCCUGGUGCUCUGUCUGUGCCUGUCUUUGAUCACCCUCCUGCUGCAAAGCCUCUGGGUGCCUCUUGAGAUGACCCAGAAUGAAGCUGCUGGGAGGUUUCCUGAAGAACAAGGUGGGAACAUUCUUGGUAUCAAUAAAUUGGUGCAUCGCUUGGAUGCUUUGAGUACUCAGGUGCAGAAGCUGAGCAGAGAAAGACACAACACCCAUCUGAACAAAAAUGCUCUCACUUCACUGCUUAAAAGCUUUAAACAGGACCAGCAAAGUUUGGGGAGGUUGUUGGAAACAGAGCUGCAGCGAGUGUCCUGGAGACUAGAUCAGAUCAGUAGCCAACAGCACCACAACCAUAAAGCAUUUAUGCUCACGCCACCCUCAGGAUUCACUGAGAAAUGUGACAUGCCAACUGAUCCGGCCUAUCCUGUCUGUGCAGAAAAAACAGAGUUCCUGCAGGCCCAUUGGGAGUCAGACCCCUGCUAUGCUUUUUACGGGGUGGAUGGUACCACCUGCUCCAUAUUGUCUUAUCUCAGUCAAAUUGAGAACUUUUGCCCUCCCCGUCCUGGAAGGAACCACUCCAGCCUCCCAUGGCACCAGAAGACCCAUUUGAAUGCAAAGACGGCUCAUAUACGUGACAGUUUGAGCUCACUAUAUGAGGAGCUCAGCAACAGCAGCAGUUUGGCAAUCAAGUUCAUCCGAUCAAGAGUGGAACGGAUGUCUGAAAGGUGGAUCAAAGCUGGUCUGAGAAUGAAGCAGAAUGGCAGUGACACAGGCUCAGCUGAGCUGAAGGUGCUGCUUUACCCCGGUGCCCUGGCUGGGAAGGCUGGUCAGCAUUUUGAGGCAAUGGUGGAGAGAGGAGGUCCUCUUGGAGAGCUGGUCCAGUGGGCUGACCUCAGUGCCUGCCUGACAAUUCUGGGGCACCACCUGACCUUCAGCAGCUCACAACGCCAGUUACACAGACUAAUAGGAGCUGCACCGGGCCACGGUGGCUGUCCAAUUCAAAGACCUCUAAUGUUUGACCUUAUCUACACUGACUACCACGGGCUUGCUCACCUCCAUGGGGCCAUGGGACUAGCCUUUAAUCAUUACAAGUGCCGCUUCAGGAUCUUGGACUCUUUUGGCACUGAACCAACUUUUAACCUGGCCAGUUAUGCACAGAGCCGUGGAUAUAAGACACUAUGGGGCAGCUGGGGACUCCGGCCUCUACAGUACAUGAACAUGUUCCCUCACACUCCUGACAACUCUUUCCUGGGUUUUGUGAGUGAGGAGGCACUAAAGACGGAAAAGAGUAAGGAUAGGCUGGAGCCAGAGAGCUACAGGAAAGAGCGGAUAGCAGUUGUCUAUGGCAAACAGGACUACAUGUGGCAGGGUAAAUCCGAAUAUGUGCGAAUAAUCAGUGAAGAACUGGAGACUCAUGGCACAGUCUACCAGGCUUCACACCAUUCUUCCAAUUUGCCCAGUUUUGUGAAAAACCAUGGACUCCUGACACAAGAACAAUUCCUAAAACUUCUCCACAGAGCCAAGGUAUUUAUUGGGCUCGGUUUCCCAUAUGAGGGUCCUGCUCCUAUUGAAGCCAUAGCUCUGGGCUGCAUUUUCCUCCAACCACGCUUUGACCCUCCACACACAUCAGACAACAACAAUUUCUACAAGGGCAAACCCACCACAAGAAAAAUCUCCUCCCAGCACCCGUACGCAGAACAGUUCAUUGGUAAACCCUACGUGCUGACUGUGGACAUGACCAACACGACUGCUGUUCGAGAGGCAGUCAAGUCUAUUCUAAACACUGAGGUGAAACCUUUCACUCCUCGAGAGUUCACUUGUGUGGGAAUGCUGGAGCGGGUUCAUAGUUACAUCACCUACCAGAACUUCUGCAGUACAUCCGUACCUACUUGGCCCCCAGAGAGUGCUUUAAAGGUGCACUUGGGUCCACUGGGUCAGUCCUGUGUGAGUGUGUGUCAACACUCGUCACUGUGGUGCGAGCCUGCUCUCUUUCAUCACCUCAACACUCCUGCGGCUUUCACCAGGCUUGGACUGGGCUGCUCUCGCAUGGUGCAGGAAGUCAACCAUCUGUUCCCCUCUUACAACCCUUGGGGUCGUCACUGUGGCCUUCAGCGGGAGAAUCUGCUGUUUAGUUGUGCUGGCUCUGACCCUUCACACCGCAGACUGUGUCCCUGCAGUUCUGGACAAGUGGCACUGUGCCCACAGUGCCUGUAACCCUUGUGCUAUACUAGGCACUUUAACAAUGGGAGUUGGGUCAUCUAGACCCACUAGACAGUGCGCUGAACCUUUUUCUUCAAGGAU